AUGAACAAAUGCAAGCGGUUCUACAAGCAGAAGGGGGGUAAAUGGAUGCUCGAGUGGAAGAGAAACAAGGAGGAUCAAGGAGACGUGAAGAACUUCUGCAAGCUCUGCACUUGCAAACUGCCCACGGAGGACCAACUUGAUCCCAAAGGGAUGUACAGACUUUUGUGUACCUUUUGCAAGGUCCCCAAGGAAGAGAAUGGACAUUACAAAGAUGAAAAAGACGAGUCAAAGGAAGAAGGUCCAGAUUUUAACUGGGCCCAUGACAUGGAGUAUCUAGAAAAGUUGACAAGCAAAGAAGCUGGGGUCUCGCGAAAGAGCUGGCUCGUCUGGCGGACGCUAGGAUUUUGCUUUGCAGUUUGCGAAGGGGAUCUGGUCGAAAAUCUGGUCGAGAUAUCAUUAGCUGCCUGUUUUCCAUUCAUUCAGGUUCAAUUCUGGUUCAAAGUUAUUGCCAUCAGUCAUGUCCUCACCCUGCUCACGCCGAACCAUACCUCUAGAACACUUCUCUUCCAGUCGAUAUACUUCCAAAUCAUUUCUGCCUCAGAAUCAACAGCUCCCCUGCAGAUUGUGGAAAACACAAACACCACGCACUACACCAUCAGAACGAAUUGUCAAUUCUACGCAAGGAACAUUACUUUCCCCAGAAUGCGGUUCUCGAUUCCCUGGGGCCCUUACCCCUCUCUUCUUUUCUUCGGAUUCAUUGCUACCACUACUGCUUUGGUCACCAGAGACCAUCCCUUCAAUCCCAAUUCUAAUUCGAUAGGAGAUGGUCGAUUCAGUGAGCAUUGCAAUUCCUUCGAUUUUAACCCAACAACCUGUGUCCUCACUGCCCAUUGUGUUCCCAAGAGCGACACAAAAGACACGAGUAACAUGAGCGAUGGACGCCGCAAGACCAGCCUGAACUUAAACAAAUGCCUCUGGUAUCACAAGGACGAAAGAGACGGUUACGUCUGGCAGGUAGAUUGGAACGAGAAGGACGAAGAUCGCCAAGGGUGA